AUGUCAACCCAAUUGCUGCUACUGUACAUUGGUGGUUGGUAUCUCUCAUCUAUUUCAAUAUCGUUGUUUCAUAAAUGGUUAUUUGACCCUUUACGAGGGUUUCACAUUCCUUAUCCAUUAUUGAUUACUUCUCUCCAACAGAUUACUUUAUGGAUUUGUGCAUAUAUUUUUAUCAAAGCUAAACACUUAAAAGAUACAAGAAAAGUUGAACAAGGAUCUUCCAGGCUGAAAUAUUAUCUGAAAUACAUUCUUCCAACUGCAAUAGCAACUGGUGGUGAUAUCGGAUGUAGUAAUUUUUCCUAUAAGUAUGUCCCGUUAACGAUUGUUACCAUUAUUAAAUCCUCCAGUAUUGCAUUUGUUCUUUUGUUUGGUUGUUUGUUUAAAGUGGAAAGAUUUCAUAAAAAAUUAUUAUUAAUCGUCAUCAUUAUGUUUUUUGGUGUGAUUCUUAUGGUUUAUGAUCCAUCCCAUAAGAAUGAAGAAAACAGAAAACAGUAUUCUAAUCUAUUGUUCGGAUGUUUUCUAGUAUUAAUUGGUAGUUGUCUAUCCGGUUUGCGAUGGGUUUAUACACAAGUGGUUUUACGAAAAUCAAACACCGGUGCAUCAGGAAAAGAAUCUAAUAUUAAUAGUGUUGAAGGAGAUAUAAUUACAGAUAACCAAAAUGAAAUAGUAAUUGAUGGAAGUGUAGUUAUAGAUGCUGAGCGGUUACAAGUCAAGUCAAUUGAUCAGAAAGAUAGUGAUGACAAACCGCAUUCAAUCAUAAUUAUUCAAAAAUUAACACCUUCUAUCGGUGUAGUUUGUCUUAUUGCAUCACUAAUAUUUGAAAAACCUUUUCCAGGUUUUUUCCAUUUGUCAAUAUUCAAAUUUAAAAGUGUAAUUGGCAGUGAAACCGAAUAUAUCACAACUUUCAUGUCCAUACUGAGAGGUAUUGCAUUAAUAGGUUUGCCUGGUGUGGAUAUUUUCUUUUUAACAUUAUGUGAAUUUAGUAUUUUACAAAUAUCACAAGUAUUGACACUUUCAGUAGCAGGAAUAGUCAAAGAAGUGCUAACAAUUAUAUUCUCAUUAGUCAUUCUAAAUGAAAGAAUUAAAGGUUUACACAGUUGGAUCGGGAUGGCGGUUAUUUUACUCGAUGUGGUAUAUUACAAUUACUAUAGAUAUAAUGAAAAGAAGAAAGAUGAAUAUAUGAAGAUAAUAGAUGAUCGUAAUCCACAUGAGGUGCCAAAUGAUGAUUAUUUCAUUAUCAAUCAUGAGAAGGAAGAAGUCAAUACAUCUCAACAAAAUAAUCAAAAAGGCAGCACAGUAACAUAUUCCAUCGCAUCUGAUCCUGUAGUGCAAGAAUAUGAAUUAAGUAAUUUAAUCAAUUCAUCAAAGUAA